AUGGCUACAGAAGCAAGACGAUACAUCGACCAGAGAAACACAUCGACAUACCUUGAGUGUACACUUUUGGCACUUCUUUCUAAUGAAUGUUCAGUCCACUUCUCACGACCACAAAAGAGUACAAAAUACUCGCAUCAAUUUCUUAAAGUGAGUAAACUGACUUUGUACCAAAGCGAAGUCUGGCAACUCGAAGUCUCGAGUCUUGUGAAGAGACGCUGCAAAGAAAUGGAAAAUGUGUAUAUUUUAAAGGGCGCGUCACAAAAGACGGCUUUAAGAAGAGCACUCAACAAAAAAAGAAGAGAAACUAUGCAUAUCUUAGAGGAUAUAUUAUAUGAGGAGGGGUAUUCAGUAUCAUACAAGGGUGAAAACAGAGAAGGUAUUUAUGGUGAGAUGUCAGUAGUCUUUCCUAAUGGUAUAAUCUUAAAUAAUGAUCGUAUAGAACGGCUUGGUAAACUGGUAUGGGAACAUGUGAAUGGACAUAUGGGUGAACGUGGUGUCGUGGUAAAGCAAUUUGAACUCACAGGCUUUGUUGAUACGAUAUGUAACGAACUCUUUUGA